UGCACGGCGCGACGUAGUCGAUCUCAACCGUCAGUGGAUUUCGCGUUUGUACGGGAACACGGCACGCCGCUUCCUAUCGAGUUUCUCGGCUUUUUAGAGGUGGCGCCUCUUUCUCGUGUAACGUGCGUUAGGCUCCCUUCGCGAUCCUAUCGCCGUCUCUGUCUACCUCGAUCAGUGGUGCGCGUAUUCGACGAAGUAAGAAACGGAAGGAGUAACACAAGCGGCAGCGACCCAGCCUGGACUGACCCACGUCGCAGACCGCUCGAACGCGCAUAACCGGCACGAAUUGUCGUCGCGACGUCGAAACUCUUGUGGUCGUGCAAUUCACAGUCGUCAGGAGAGGCAAAAGGAGUCUGUUUCGCUCGUGAACCGAAGGAAAAAUGUGGGCCGGGCAGGACGAUACGCAACGAUUCAAAACCAGGGUGUUGAAACCCCCUGGUGGCGGAAGCAGCGACAUUUUUGGCGCCGCUCCGGAUGAGACAAGCCCACGCCGCGUGAAGAACCACAACCAAUCGCAGCUAGGCUCGGCGUUGUUCGGCGACGGUCCGAACAGCAACAACGGCAACGAAACGCCGCGCAACAAGCCCGGUAAUGAUUCAUACAAACGCCUGUUUGGCCCUCCCGAUGCCCCACCCACCACCCCAAACGCGAAAAAUCAUAUGCGCAGCAAUAUCUCCCUCAGCGGGGAGUCUUCGUCCUCGUCGGCGUCGUCGGGCGCCUCGACGUCGCCCGCGAAGAGCACCGCCAGCUCGGACUCGAUCGCGGGCGUUCUCAACGGCUACACGGCCAGCAAUGGCAACAACCUGACCAACGAUAUCACAGCUUUUAGGAGAAUCAAACGAUUUCGUGGAUCAUCCUGCAUUUCGCGCAACCCGGUCACCGGAGACGGAGUUGACGUGACGCCCAUGAGGCGCAGCGCACGAAGGUGUCGAGAUGUUAAUCCGGUGACUGGCGCGGGUUACACGGAAUCACAGAACAACGGGCCAGCCGUGCAAAACGGAACAUCCAGCUCGAACUCCAGCGUCGGCGAGAAAUCAAACGACUCGUCGCCGGCCGCGAAGGCUCCGGUCCGUGGCCGAGUCCCUCCCGGUGGAUUCUCAUCCGGACUCUGGUAAAAGUCUGCAUCGGGAUUAAAACCGCUCGUCGGCAUCCUCCUCCGCGCGCCGUUAACCCUUUCAGUGCCCGACAAUUCGACCAAAAAAUACUCUAAAUGCCAUCGACCCACCAGGACGAUUCCGAAACGUUAUCGAAGAAUUCGUUCUUCGCGUUGCGCCUCCGCGCGUUUGGAGGUUAGGAAAAAGGAAGAGCGAGUGACGACGACGAUGUUUUUUUUCGAGGGAACCGUUCAUCGCGGUUUUGCUUCCUUCGCGAGAAAAUUCAUUUGACAAAAUUGUUACUUUUUUUUUAUCGUGUUCGCGAGAUAUUGAUUCUAGAGUUGUUUAUUAAACUCUGCUGUUUGUCGUGUUGUUCUCGAGCAUUGUGUCGGGGCGAUUCGAGCCUCCAGCUUGGAAAACCCGUAUGUUCGUAUAACAUAUUUGUAUCGUUUUUACAUGCUGCAGAUUCGUCAUCGCGAAUCGCCCUGCACGAAAGUUUAAACAUUGACUGGUGUUUCGUUUGUUCGUUUCGCUUGUAUUGUUGUAUUUAUUAAUUGUUGGUUUGCUCGGGUGUGGACGUGGGCGAAUUGGUAAAUUGGUAUCGUCGAACGAGUUGCAACGGCACUAAAAGGGCUGACAAAACGGAAGGAGGGAAGAAAGGGUCAUGCGAAAUUUAAAGAAAACGAGCAAAUGUCAUCCUCUUGACGGUCGAAUCUUAGGUCCCAUUUGCCGAGGCGGGUUAAAAUAGUCGUUCAGUUUUACGGAAAACAUCAUUCCCCAAGAAUCUUCGUUCCCCGCAGUUUUGUAAAUGCGUAACUUUUAAGAUAAUAAUAGAACUCGUCGUUUUUUGGAUUUAAAAAAAACAAACAAAAAAAAAAAAAGAAUACGAAGGGCGUAAAAGAUAGUAAUUCGAACGAUGCCCUAUUUUCGAGAGACUUUGUCCACGGGUACGGUCGUGGUUGAUUCUUGAAACAACCGGCACCUUUCUAAUUAUUCCGAGACCGUGUCCGCUCGAUAUCGAUGAUCUUCUUGAACCGUUAAUCCGAAAUUAGAACGCCGAGAAUGAAACGAAAGGAUUGAGGAGAAGGGGGAGAGAGACAGAAAGACAGAAGAAAGUAAUUUUUGGAUCGACUCCCGUCGGAUAAGGGUAUAACCUAUAAAAUUUUAUGACGCGAGAUCUUGCGAUGAAGAGCGCCAGGAAGACACGCUUCUUAAAUUAGACUGCCAUCGGUUGGUAUUUUCGAUAGGGAAAUCGUACUAAUUGAUGAUAAAAGGGAAUUUAACGCGAACGUCCAGUUAGAACGAGAGAGCGUGCUCGACAGACGACAUUUAAUAUUUAGAUAACGUUCGAUGAAAACCUCGGAAUUGUACAUUAGAAGUAGGCAUAUGUUAUUCGAAGAAAAUAAAAGUACAUCCUUGUAACCCAUUAAAACAGUCAAGUGCUUUCUUAAUUUCCGUGCCUUUUUAAUCGUAUAUAUAGUUUUCUUCUGCAUGGCGGCAUGCUCGAUUUUAGGAAGAGAAGAGAGAGAGAGAGAGAGAGCACGGUUCCUAUUUUUCUUUAAUCGUCGAUAAGAAACGGCUUUUCUUUACGCACCAAGAUGCGUAAUUCAUAUUUACGCCGAAAUACAACUUGCUAAUCGUAUGUAGGAAGUUACACUCAAAUAUUCAUACUCGCUCGAUUUACCAACGUAACGAAAUAACGAUUAUUAUUUCUGUCUAUUUAUCGCUCCGCACACCUACGGUCCUUCUUAAAUAAUAAUAUUAAUAAUAAUUAAAAAACAUAGAAUUCUAUCGGAUGUAUUGACAAUAUUCGUUUAGAACUUCGCUACCUUGCUUAUUCUUUAUUUCACGACAUACAACGCAUAAGGAUUAUAUUUAUUUCACGGCAAGACUCGUGCACGCACGAUUAUUUCUUACGUUUCCGAAACGAAAUUUUGUUCGUCGUUUGGUGUGAGUAAAAUUACAUUGUUUGUAUCGCAUCGUAUUCGUCAUAAGUAGCCCUUUUGUACUCUGGCAUUAAUUAAUAA